AUGGCAACACCCACCAGCCGCGCGCCUUCCGAUGCGCCGGCCAUCCCUGAGAACGGCCAAUCGCUCAACGCGCGUCGUACCUCGCUUGGUUUCCUUCGCCGUUCCAAAUCCACCGAGCCCCUUGGUGAACGCAAGCCGUCGGGCAGCCGCAAGAAGAUGUCCAAGACCCAGGCCAUGGAAGAGGAGCUCCGCCGUCAGCGCGAAUCUUACGCCCCCAAGAGCGCCCCCCGCUUACCGGAUCUUUCCCCCACUCCACAACUGGAGACCUUUGGUGGUGAAGGGCGUGACAACUUGGCUCCGCCGCCUGCCAUACCUCGUCCGCACUCAGGCUUCGCGGCUCCCGCCAUGUCGUUCAACUCACCCGGUGAUGCAGUCGAUCCGUACGCUCGCACUGAGAGCAUGACACAUCGCGGCCGCUACAGUUAUGCCAGCAGUGCUGUCAGCACUGUCAACAGCCCCCGUCGCAUCCGUCGCCGGAAGGAUCCCACUCCUUACAAUGUGCUGGUUGUUGGCGCCCGCAACUCCGGCAAGACGGAGUUCCUCAACUUCUUGCGCAAGGCACUGACCAUGCCCCCGCACAAACACCCGUCUCGCAGUCCCGAGGAGCUGGAAGAGCUGGAGCGCCAGACCUCCGCCUACGAAGGGUUCACCUCGCAGUAUCUGGAGACCGAAAUUGACGGAGAGCGGGUUGGACUGACCUUGUGGGAUUCCAACGGCCUCGAGCGUAACAUUGUCGAUCUGCAGAUGCGCGCCGUCACGGGCUUCCUGGAGAGCAAGUUCGAGGAGACACUCGCGGAGGAGAUGAAGGUGGUGCGCUCUCCCGGCGCGCGCGACACCCACAUCCACUGCACAUUCCUGCUGCUGGACCCCGUUCGCCUGGACGAAAACAUCGCUGCUGCUGCGCGUAUUGCCAACGGCAACCCCAAGGCCACCGAUGCUCCCGUGGUUGGCGUGCUGGAUCAGAACCUGGAUCUGCAGGUGUUGCGAACCAUUCUGGGCAAGACCACCAUUGUGCCGGUCAUCAGCAAGGCGGACACCAUCACCGCCACCCACAUGGGAUACCUUCGCAAGGCCGUUUGGGAUAGCCUCAAGCAGGCUAACAUCGACCCGCUGGAGAUUUUGACUUUAGAGGACCAGGAGGAGUAUACUUCCUCAGAGAGCGCGGACGAGGAGGAGUCUGCGCAGGGAGACAUAAUCGAGACCCCGGCCGAGCCCACCGAGUCUACACCAGAAGAAGCCAGCGAAUCCAAGGAGGAGCAGACCGACACCCUGGUCGAGACCGAGGAGACGAAGCUGGAGCAGCCGCAGCCGCCCGUUCCCAGUGCGCCCGCGCCGCGCAGUCAAAGCCCUCGUGGCGCGCAGAUCGUCAACCCGCACGUUCCCUUUUCCAUCCUCUCGCCAGACCCGCAUUCCUUGGCCUCUGGGGAAGAGCCGGUCGGACGUCGGUUCCCGUGGGGCUUCGCCGAUCCAUACAAUGCUGAGCACUGCGACUUUGUGCGUCUGAAGGACUCGGUGUUUAGUGAGUGGCGGUCCGAGCUGCGCGAGGCCAGCCGGGUGAUCUGGUACGAGCGCUGGAGAACCAACCGCCUCAACCGCAACGGCCAACCUGCGCCGCUGCCGUCCAAGGCGAGAUCUAGCGGUCGCAUGGGACCGAUCUACAAUGGUCGCCGCACGCGAUAA